ACAUUGACACCACGUUGCGUUGCUGUCUCAUGCUUUCUUUCUCUCUGAGCAUGCGUUUUAACACUCGACAGGCACAUACCGACAGACGGACAGACAGACUGACAUAGUUGCUCUUUCACUCUUUCUUCCUCGCUCAGCAUCUCUCUCUUACUUUACUCAUUUGUCUCUCUGUCUCUCUUACCCUCUCCACACCGUUUUCUCUCUCUAUUUGCUUUCCAAAAAUGGCCGAUUCAACUCCUGAAUCACAGACCCACCCACCUUCCUCUGACCACCCUCCCACCACUGCGUCAGACAAAGAAGACCCACUCCCACCUCCGGCGCCGGUGCCGGAAUCUUCGGUGGGUGUAGAUCAAACUCAACCACCGGCUGAGACAGAGAAGAAAGAGGAUCCACCUACUCUGGCUUCCGUUUUGGAGUCUGAGAAGGAAGACCCACACCCACCACCACCACCACCGGCGGUGGAGGAAUCCGAAUUUCCGGUGGCAACCCAGAAGGAAGUGGCGGCGGUAGUGCCUGAAGCUGAACCCCCAGCGGCAGCGACGGUGGUUGUGGAGAAACAGGAGCCUCUGUCUCCGGCGGAGCUGAAGGAAACAGCAGAGGCUGAAGCGAAAGAGAAGCAAGUAGAAAAAGUUCUCCAUGAGGAGCAUAAACUUCCUCCUCAGUCUUUGGUUUCGUUCAAGGAAGAGAGCAACAUAGUCGCUGAUCUCUCAGAUUCUGAGAGGAAAGCUCUUCAAGAACUGAAGCAGCUCGUUCAGGAAGCUCUAAACGACAACGUUUUCACUUCUCCACAACCACAACCACAGCCUAAAGUAGAACCAAAACAACAACAAGAUGUUUCUCCAGCUGCAUCCUCUGAACCCGGUUCAGAUACUCCGGCGGCGGCGAAAACCGACCCGCCCGGUUCAGAACCCACAAUUGAGGAAAAUCCAGUUAAGGAAGCAGAAGAGGUAGCGAAAGAAUCUGUGAAGGUCGCUGCUUUUGCAGAGGAGGUUUCUAUCUGGGGGAUUCCUCUGCUUAAGGACGAUAGGUCGGAUGUGAUUCUUCUCAAGUUUCUGAGAGCCAGGGAUUUCAAAGUGAAAGAUGCUUUCUUCAUGCUUAAGAACACGAUUCGUUGGAGGAAAGAGUUCGGGAUUGAUUCGCUUUUGGAUGAGGAUCUUGGCGAUGAUUUGGAGAAGGUGGUAUUCAUGCAUGGUUUUGAUCGAGAGGGCCACCCUGUUUGCUACAAUGUUUUCGGGGAGUUUCAGAACAAGGAAUUGUACCAGAAGACAUUUUCUGAUGAGGAAAAGCGGUCCAAGUUUCUCAGGUGGAGGAUUCAGUUCUUGGAGAAGAGUAUCAGGAAGCUUGAUUUCAGUCCUGGUGGUAUUUCUACAAUCUUUCAGGUUAAUGAUCUCAAGAAUUCUCCUGGACCGGCUAAGAGGGAGCUUAGGAUCGCCACCAAUCAGGCCCUCCAAUUGCUUCAGGACAAUUAUCCUGAGUUCGUAGCGAAACAGGUGUUUAUCAAUGUUCCUUGGUGGUAUCUUGCAUUCUACACAAUGAUCAGUCCAUUCUUGACUCAGAGAACCAAAAGCAAGUUUGUUUUUGCUGGCCCGGCAAAAUCUCCAGACACCCUUUUCAAAUACAUAUCACCUGAACAUGUUCCAAUUCAAUAUGGUGGCCUGAGUGUUGAUUACUGUGAUUGCAAUCCAGAAUUCAGCAUUUCUGAUCCUGUUACGGAGGUUAAUGUUAAACCGGGGACUAAGCAAACUGUGGAGAUCAUAAUUUAUGAGAAAUGCAUUAUUGUUUGGGAGCUCAGAGUAGUAGGGUGGGAAGUCAGAUAUGGAGCUGAAUUUGUGCCUAACGCUGAGGAUGGAUAUGCAAUUAUCAUUCAGAAGUCUGCAAAGAUAGGCCCAACUGAUGAACCGGUGGUGCAUAACAGCUUCAAAGUUGGUGAACUUGGUAAAAUAUUGCUAACUAUUGACAACUCAACUUCAAAAAAGAAGAGGCUUCUUUACAGGUUCAAGAUCAAAUCGUUCUCUGACUGAAGAUUUUAAAUCGGCAGCAUUCUUAUAUAUUUUGUGUGUCCUUGGGGGGAAAUUGAAGAGUAAGAAGCACAGAAACUCAUUUAUUUACCGUCUUCAUAUGCAUGGAAGAUUUCCACUUGGUCAUCCUGCUUGUAUAUUGGCUUUGUAGUUUUAUCAUAUCGAAGGUUUAGAGUUGUAAUAUUUUGGUUUGAAAAUUUAGUAAAGUUGACUGGAAUUUUGGUGGA